CUUGUGACAACGGUAUCGAUGUUGGCGAGAGCGCGAUGUGACGUGUGUGCAAUUUAUUAUUGGUGUUUUUGGUUUACUUAAUUUGUGAAAAAAAGCUAAUUUGGAGAUUGGUUUAAAAAAGUGGAAAAAUUAAAAAUAAAUAAGAAAUUUAACAGAAAAAAAUUAUCAAAAUUGAUCAACUCGCCUUCACUUCCUACGACGCGCUACGAAAAUGUUAUACGGCCUAAUACAGUUAACGUGGUUCGACGCCACCACUGCCGCGUUGCCUUUUAUCACCGUCGCUUUGCUGCAACUGUUGAAUGCGUUGCUAACGGAUCAAACGACGCGGCGCGUGAAAUCGGCACAUGAGUUAACAACCGCCGUGAAUUUGUUAGCCGAAGAUGGCACAGCGGCAACAACAACACCGGCAAAUGGCAAAGCCACUGCUGCGAAUGGUGCAGAAAAUGGGAAAUUGCAAAAACAAAAGAGUGAACACAGUGACGACUCCAUUACAAAUAUACCCUCAGCGCCGGUGUGCUCAUCAUCACCACCCUCAUCUGCACGUAAUUCCAUCAAUUUGUUACACAACAACAAUGGCAACAAUCACGUCAUCAUUCCACAUACGCCCUGUCUGCCUGACUUACUCAGCGAUGAAUAUCACGAGGACGAAGAUACUCUCUCGCUGGAGAAUCUCUUCCCCUGCGAUCAAAGUGAAAUUUAUGCUUCGAAAAAAAUCAGCUUCAUUAUCGAUGAAGUGAUACAAACCGAAGCGAAUUACGUGAAUAACUUGCGAAAGGGCAUAAAGAAUUACGGUGAACUGCAUGCGCGCUCGGAUGCACCCGAGUCGUUCAAGGGCGCUGAAAAUCGCAAGCGUUUGCUCGGUAAUGUAGAGGAGAUUUUGGCGCUACACGAGACACAGAUUUUACCGCUAAUGCUGCGCAAUCAACGGGACUUGAAGUCGCUGUUCGACGAGUUUGCGGCCUACUUUGAUAAAAAUGAGUUUUAUUGCUAUGUGAUAUUCAUGAUGAACAAAAAGACAUCGAUGCAGUUGCGACAGGAGCAACGCCCGUGGUUGCAGAAUGUGCAGAAUGAGAUAAGCGACAAAUUGGGCAUCGACAGUUUUCUUGUACAGCCCAUACAAAGACUGACCAGAUAUCCAUUGUUGUUGCAGCAAUUCAUAUCUGAAUUCUACAAAAGCGGCAUCAGCUGUAAGCCAGUGCUGGCAUCUGUGUGCAAACUGGAGACACGCAUGCGCCGUCUACUUGAGGUAGUCAAUCAAGCGGAGGACGUGCCAGCGAUAGACGAGAUAGCCGAGCUCAAUUUGGCGUCUCAGGGCUACUUUCGACGCGCCACCGAGUUCGAGGCUUAUCAUCAUCGUUCGCGCAAGAAGUAUGCCGCUAAGGUGUUCCUAUUCGAUCGCUGCCUCAUCUGUACAGAAGUGCGAAAGCGCCGCCUCGCCUAUCGCCACCACUACGAAUGGUCGACGCUGGAGUUGCAGUUGAAUGGCAGCAAGAGUGUAACGGUAUUGCAGCGCGGACGCACUGCAUCGGCGAAAGGUAGCGCCAAGGAGGAGUAUGAAUUCACGGCGUCGGAAGCGUGUGCGAUGACACAGUGGCUGCGUUGUGCGCGGAAAAUCAUCGAAAUCGAUCGCGUGGAGGCGGCGAUGCGGGGGAAAUUCGUGCUGCCAAUGGAUUUCGUGCUCAGCGUUGGUGCGGCCAUUUGGCUGUUAUGGAAUUAUUCGUAAUAAUUUUGCUAAUAGCUUGAUUGACAUCCUAAUGGGCGGGUCCACAACUCAAAUAAGCGGGUUAACUUAUGAUUUUCAUCUUAUUAAAAUAAGUUUUUAUUAUAAAAAACUAUAGUUUAAGUAUGUUUUUGAAACUAAAAUUGCCGCGAAGAUUAGAUUGCAUAAGACUUUUGUUAAACAAAAUAUAAUAUAUAGUUUUGUAAAACGGA